UCAUGAAAUUCAGUGAGGUGUUUUAUAUUUAUUUAAGCUGUUAAUACCAAAAAAAUGGCGUCUCCAGUCCUUGUAACUAUAUUUCUUGGAUUGGCCAUAAGUACGUUACUUUAUUUUAUGUUUGGAGAUUAUAAGGAAGAAAAUGGAGAAAGUUCUUACCAAUAUAAUCAUGAGUAUUAUUCUGAUAUAUCAUCUAAUAGUGAACAAUGUGUAAUAUGUCAGGAACCACUGCCCAAUCAACCUAUACGUAUCUUGGAUUGCUCACAUAAAUUUCAUGUGUUGUGUAUUACAGCAUGGAAAGAACAGUGUACUUCAUUGAAAAUAACAUGCCCACUCUGCAGACGUACAUUUAAAUAAUUUAUAUCAGAUCACUAAAUUUCAUAUCUUGCCAUGAGACAAAUUGCAAGAGUCAGAUGGAGUUGAAGACAGAAAAAGAAAAAAAGUUAUGUGUCCAUUUGAGAGUUUCUUGUGAUAGCUGCUUUUGUUAAAUGACAGAAAAGAAUUUAUAGGGAAUUUACUCACUUGUAAGACUCAGUUAGUUUUUUCCAAGACUAGUGAACAGUUAUGCAAUAUUGAAGAAAGAAACGAAACGAGGUCAGAGAGUUUUUCAUGAUG